AAAGGGGGGGUGAGGUCAGUGUGGCUAGCAUAGCAAGCUGAGCUGCACAGCCAUCAGGAAGUCAACAAAGUUGCUAAUCAACAUCAGUUUCACUUUACUGUUUUUUUAUUUUCUACAGUAAAGUUGAAACAGCGGUAUGAGUUCUGCUGCCUCUCCGACUAUAGGGGAGUUAUUCCUCAUCCUCAGUGAGAUGGGUUUCACAGAGGAACAGAUCCAGGCGGCCAUACAGGCAGGGCAUUUUUCUGUGCCAGAGGCAGCCGAGUGGCUCUUACAGGGUCAGUAUCCACGGCACAGGUUGGUCAAACAGCCUGUGUCAUCACAGCCAGCUGAAACAGCAUUUUCUGCUUUUAACCCACCCAAAGAGGCAGCAAGUACUUCAGAGUCACAUACACCUCCCACUGGAAGUAAAGCGUCCCCUUCAUUGGUGCUCAGACCAUCACAAUCAUGUAACCUGUCCCCAGAACCACUACCAGUUGAGUCGCGGAUCAAACAAGACAAGAGUGACUUUGAAGAGCAAGAAAGAAAACGUGUUGCUCAAGAAGCCAGAGCAGAGAGAAGACAAAAGAAACAGGAGCGGGAACUGGUGUUAAAGCGGAUAGCUGAGGAUCGGAGGAGCAUGCAGGAGAAGAUUCAGACCAGUGCGGUCACACAGACGUCUCCUCCCCAUGGUCAAGGGCAGAAGCUUGGUGGAAAGAUUCAGACAAAUGUUGACAACAACUGCAUCCUCAUGAUUCGGCUGCCAUCUGGCGAAUCAAUGCGUGAACGCUUCCCAGCUGAUGCCCCUCUGCGCAGCGUCGUGGAGCACAUCACCGGACGUCAUCCCUCCCUGCCCUCCUUUUCUCUCCUCCAGGGUUUCCCUCGGAAACGCUUUGGGGAGGCAGAACUUGCUUGCUCGCUGCACUCUCUUGGCCUCACGCCCAAUGCUGCACUGUGUAUUCAGACCACUCCUCCAGAAACACCUCAGGAUCCUCCGAGUCCUGCAGAUCCACCAUUAGCAGGACAGAAUGAGCCACCUCUGUGCCCUGUGCCUCCUCAGCCUCAUAUCCCAGUUCUGCAGGGGGCAGGAGGGCAGGACCUCGUUCUGCCACCUCCACUACCCAACCAGCUGUGGGAAGAAGCAGUGAAUUAUGCAGGGAUCCCUGGAGUUGGACCUUCCCUAUCUGGGCCAUCUCACUUUUGGGGGCGAGGCCAGAGGCUGGUUCCUGGUGAUCCCGAGGAAGCUGCUGGUAUAGAGAUUGAUGAAGAACAAGAAGGAGAGGAAGAACCACCUGACAUGCUUAACGGAAUGCCAAGGCUGCCUUUCUUUCCAGAGAACAGGAUUCGAGGAGGAUUUGAGCCCAGGCACCACUGGCCAGAGCAAGGCAAUCGACUCAGGGAGGCUCCAGCAGAAAACCCAGCAGAGGCUGAGGAUGCAGGGCGGGUGGCGCCCGUAGCUGCAGGUCUGGCUGCAGUGGAGCGUCUUCAAAGAGCUGCACAGCAAGAAGACCCCCGUGCCUCCCAGGGACAACCAUCACCACCUAAAAGACCCUUCAGGACACCCAGCGUGCCAUCCCUAUGUGCCUUGGCUACCCGCGCAACUGUGCACCUCAUGACUGCUCCCAGCAUGCAGUACAGCAGCAGUCUGGCUUGCCUGACCCCGGAGCUAGCAGAGCUUCUGCUCAACCACAUGUCCCGUGAACGGCUCCUUCGUCCGCGCACUCUGGAGCUCUUCUUCGGCUGCCCAUUGCAGAAGUUUGUUCUCAACUGCUACCCUUACUCCACCAACGAGCUCCUGCGGCAGCUAAGGGCCUUUACAGCUCUGAAGCACCUGAGUCUCGUCAACUCACCUCUCAUCACUGACUCUGGUCUGUCAAUCCUCUCCAGCCUGGUCAAACUCCAGUACCUCAACCUCGCUUCCUGCAGCAAACUGACUGACUCCUGUCUGCAGCAUAUUAGAGGUUUGAAGAGUCUGUCUUUCCUGUCCCUGGACCAGACCAAAGUGACCGAUGCUGGGAUGGUGCUAUAUCUCCAGUCAGCUCCGUCCUGCCUCUCUCAGCUCAGCCUGAACCAGACGGCAGUGACAGAAGCUACGUUGGUAGUCCUUCCUACCUAUGUGCCACAGCUGCGACUUCUCAGCAUCAAGCAGACUAAGGUUGAGGAUGUCUCAGCUUUGGCAAAGCUGUCCAGCCUGCAGACUCUAAACCUGGAUGGGACAGGUGUGACAGAGGUGUCACUGAAGUACCUUGCGACCCUCCCUGCACUGUCCUCCCUCAGUUUGGCGGGAAUUCCUGUUACUGAUGGCAAUCACGCCCUGCAGAUCAUCUCAGGUCUAAAGUUGACUCAUCUCACCCUCCCUGGACGCCACUCUGUGAAAGACAGUGGGUUGUUAUACCUCGCUGAUCUGUCUCUGCUCUCAGAGCUGGACUUGACAGACUACACACAAGUCACAGACCAGGGAGUCAAACAGCUCUCCACCAUGACUAGGUUGAAGAAACUGUCGCUCAGCAACACUCAGGUGACAGAUGCAGGGCUUCCUUCUCUGCGCGGCCUGCAGGAGCUGCAGGACCUGUGUUUGGACCGAACAGCAGUCACCAGCCGAGGAGUGGCUGAACUCAUCGUCUGUCUGCCGCACCUCGAGGUGUUGGGGUUAGCCAGCACUCAGGUGGGAGACACGGUAGUGAGGAGAGGUCUGAUCCGUUGCAAUCAGCUCGUUAAACUUAAUCUGAGCCGCACACGGAUCACAGACCACGGUCUGAAGUUUUUGAAACACAUGCACCUGGCUCAGGUGAACCUGGACGGCACCGGUGUGAGUCUGAUUGGUAUUGCGAGCCUCCUCUCUUUCACCAACAUCAGCAGCAUUCGCGCCAGCAACACUCGCGCCAUACCGCCCGACGAGGUUUCAGAUGAGGAGUGGGAAGCCCAGUGAGCAUCGAAACCUUCGGUUGGCCUACACAGUUUGUACCACGCCUCUGAAUGCUGCUGUCCUCUUUUAGCCCCUGAAACAUGCUGCCACCAGGAUCGCCUGGGAACGGCAUAAGUGAAACACUCCUUCAACUUGCACUGUUUCAACUGCAGCUAGUGCCAUUAAUCUGUCAAUCACGCACGCUAAGUUGAAACCUUAAACGAGAGCCUUGUAUUUAACAAUUACGCCAUUUAUUACGUUUACAUAGCAUCAGUAUUUACCCUUACUCACAUACACUGCAGGCCUUUGUCUCUGGAAAAGUCCACCUGACAAACGUUUUAAAGCUUUAUGUGCAGCCUUAUAGGUUGGAGAUAACUCUUUUUCUCUUGGUUGGCACUUGUUGAACCCACUGGCAGAAAUAUACUUUAUGUUGGAAAUGUAACGUAUAACACAGCAUGUAUUUUACGACUGUAAUGUAAUUAACAAUUUGUCAGCCCAACCGAAUAUGGUUGCUGAAGAUAUUUUGGAAGAAUGUGAAGGCAGAUAAUGUCUUUCAGUCAUCAUUUUGUCACUACGCUAUUGGAACCAACGUUGAAUUUUGAGCUGCAUUCUUUUCAUAUUGGAUUUUCCAGAAUCAAUUGCCAGCUGGGAAGAUUAUCAACCACCUGAUGCUGAUCACAAUUAGGUCCAAUGUUUGUUUUACUUUGUUAGCUUGAAUAUUUGAUGCUAUUAAUUGUACAGUGUUAGUACAUAUAACAAACGCCGUUACAGACCCACUGAAGUCAACUGUCCAUGAUGAUAAAACUAGAGCUUGAUUCCCAUACCUGUACUGAUGCUUAAGAGUUACAAAACUUUAAAUAAUGGUAUUAGCUGAAGAUAAUGUAUUUGUGGGUCUGGUGAUGAUAAAAGCAGUUAAACACCAGUACAGGUAUGCUCUGUUCAAGAAAGAAAGGCAAAAGCUGUCAGCUGAUGUAACAUAGUUUGAGUGGCUUUAGAUUCACCAGAAAAUUUUGGAUGUUUGUUUGCCAUUCGCGUGAAUACUCAAUACCACAUUUUCAUUCCAGUUUUACCUGAACACAGCUUUUGUAAAGGAUUUAAGAAAAGGUGGCAGACUUACAACGGUAUGGAUGCUAGGUGACUUGUCGCUUGCUGAAAAAAAACCGAAUAAUUUCUCUUUUAACCGCAUCCUGGAGAUGUAUCGGCCUGAGUUCAUAUGUUUUAUAAAUAGCUUUCAGAUUACCUUAUUUCAAAUUAUGUUAGUUUGCCAAGAAAGGCCAAUAUUUUUUGGACAGCCUAGCCAUUUUCAGUUACUUGGAAAACUGGUUGAGCAGCAUACACAUAAUGCAGUGGCUAUAACAUGAGAUGCUGUAGGAUCUAUGCAGCCAUGGGGCUCACAAGUCAGAAUCCAAAGCAACUUCCUAAUACUUCAAAUUUUGUCCUUGUUUACAGAGAUGUAAAAUAGUUUAUUUUCCCUAAAAGCUUUUCAUUUGUGGAUACAGGCACUGUAUUCAUAGCCUACAAUGAAUAAUAAAGU